UUCCAUCUCAUCCCACACCAAUCCAACAAGUUCUUCUUUCCAUCUCUUUUCCCCACCAAACCUGCUUCUCCUUGCAGCGUUCGUCUUCACACAGCCAGCAUAAACGAACAGGGAGAGGUUUAGAAAUGGCAGCUCUUCAAGUCCAGAAUUUGCAGUCAACCUCAUCCUCCCAUGGAAGAUUUCGCGCUAGCCUGUUUCCUUCCUCCAAUUUCAGGGCUAAAAGCGUCUAUCUUCGGCAGCUACCGAACAAGAUCACGAUCCAGGACCUCAUCCUGAGACAAGAUGGCACUGCAACGAAGGAGGUACCAACGCACACCACGACAGGCAACGAGGACAAGGAGUUGGUCACCAAGCUUCUUGCCAUAACCGAGGCGGUCGCCGAUAGAGCCAAUAUGCACGCGAUCAUCGGAGCACAGAGGAACAAUUGGAAUCACCUGUUUACCAACUCCAUCAACUCCGUCACUCUCAUCGGAUCCCUCAUGGCGGGGAUCUCAUCGGUACCGGUGGGAGAAGCAACGACACAGCUGCUGGCAUUCAAGCUUGCCUCCAUGCUGUUGUUCGGCACCGCGAUGGGAAUGAUGCUGGUCGUCAACAAGAUUCAGCCUUCCCAACUAGCUGAGGAACAGAGAAAAGCCACCUUGAGGUGGAAACAACUGGAGAGAUCGAUCCAAGACACGUUUUCACUGAGAAAUCCGACGGAGUCGGACGUCAAGGACGCCAUGAACAAGGUGCUGGCUCUCGAGAAGGCUUAUCCUCUCCCCUUGCUCCCUGGAAUGCUCGAGAAGUUCCCGAAGAAGGUGGAGCCUUCCCGUUGGUGGCCUAAACUACGACAAAGGCCGGAGGAAACGCAUCGAAGACACACAAAUGGAGCGGAUGCCAAUGGCUGGAGCAAAGAACUGGAAGAAGAAAUGAGGGGUCUUCUCAAAGUUCUAAAGCUGAAGGAUGAGGAGCAAUAUUUGCGGGUGGGGAAGGUGGUCUUAGACACCAACAGGACUUUGGCCACCGCAGGGCCUCUCUUUGCUGGCCUAGCUUUGAUCGGAUCCGGGUUAAUAGGUUCUUCGGCUCUCGGGCCACUCCCGGUUCUGCUUGCGGUUGCCGGAGGGUCGCUCGCGACGGUGAUGAACACCCUGGAGCAUGCCGGCCAGGUAGGAAUGGUGUUCGAGCUGCUCCGGAGCAAUGCUGGCUUCUACAGGUGGCUGCAGGAGGAAAUUGAGUUCAAUCUGGGGGAGGAAGAUGUGGAGAAGAGGGAGAACGGGGAGCUGUUCAAGCUGAAGCUGGCUCUGAAGCUUGGAAGAAGCCUCUCCGAGUUCAGAGAGUUUGUGCCGUACGAUUCCCCUUCUUGCAAAGACGAAGACAUCAAAGACUUCGCCGGGAAGCUAUUCUAGAUGAGUUCCUAAUUCAGAUUCUUUCAUCAAGAUCCACUAAGAUGGAUCAUUUUUCUUGUACAUCGUGCAUGUUCAAAGAGAAAACUAUCUCAAGGAAACGAACGUCUGUUCUCUC